CAUGGAAUCAAUCUGAGAAGAAAGCGCAUUGAUCUCCUCCCGGCGAUCACGCACGCGGCCGAAUCGAUGGCUUCCCCGGCGAUGGUCACGCUCAUCAGCUCGGACCACGAGCGCUUCGAGGUGCCGGAGGCGGCGGCCACCAUGUCGCAGACCAUCCGCCACAUGAUCGAGGACGGCUGCACCGACGGCGGCAUCCCGAUCCCCAACGUCACCGCCAGGACCCUCGCCAAGGUGCUCGAGUACUGCAACCACCACGUAACCGCCGCCGCCGCCGCUGCCGCCGCCGCCGCGAACCCCGAGUCUUCUGCUGGCGCCGCCGCCGCCGCCGCCGCGGGCUCGGAGUCCGCCGGGUGCUCUUCGAACGCGGGAAAGGACGAUGGCGCCGAUCUGGCGAGCUUCGACAAGGCGUUCGUUGAGGUCGACAAGGACACGCUGUACGACCUCCUGCUGGCCGCCAACUACCUCAACGUCAAGGCGCUGCUGGACCUCUGCUGCCAGAAGGUCGCCGACAUGAUCAGGGGCAAGACGCCGGAGGAGAUCAGGCAGGCGUUCGGGAUCAAGAACGACUUCUCGCCCGAGGAGGAGGAGGAGAUCCGCAAGGAGAACCAAUGGGCCUUCGAGUAGUGGAGGCCGCCGCCAUGGAUCGAUCAAGAAGUCAGAUCUAUCGGGUGCCCCUUUGCCAUGCUGUGGGGGUUUAGUGGAUCGCUUAGUUUCUUCUCAAGAAACGCUCAUCAAUAUUCGUUAGAUCAUUGGCUGUUAUACUUCGAUACUAUUAUUAGCUAAGGUUGUAGUGCCGGAUUGAUGGCACAAGUAUUACUUUUACCUGAAUCUUUUUCUGUCACAUCUCAAUCCAUCAU